AUGGUGAGCAAGGAGGAAAUCGAAGACUGUCGAGGAAGGCUCCAAGAGUGCCGAUCUGCCACACCGCAGGACCCAAAGCGAAUUCUCUCGAUCUUCGAGGAGCUCUCUAAGAAGCCCAUCUCUGUGGAGAUCCUUCACACUACAGGCAUCGGCAAGGAGGUGAACGACCGCUUCUUCAAAAACCAUGCCGACCAAGAGGUGCGCGAGCACUGCACUGAGCUUGUUCGCAAAUGGAAGGACUUCGCCUUGGGCAAGUCGGUGUCAGCAGCUCCUGCAGCUGCGCCAGCUCAGAACAAGCUGGACUCGCCGCCGCCGCGGAAGCCGGAGAAGUCGGUGUCAGCAGCUCCUGCGGCUGCGCCAGAACAGAAAAAGCCGGACUCGCCGCCGCCGCGGAAGCCGCAGAAGCGGGCAGCCGAGAAGCCGGCGAAGCAGGCUGUGAAGAGCCCGAAGAAAACGUCUGGGCCCAACGAGGAGCUCGCCAAGCUCUUCGACGAGUUGUCCUCCUUCGAGUUUAAGAAAGGAGGCACCAGCAAGUUUGCCGGCGUCGCCUACAAGAAUGUGGCUGCUACUCUACGUGGGCUGGACGAGAAGGUCAUCUCGGGAAAGUCGAUCGCUCAUCUGAAGGGUGUCGGAAAGGAAACUGUUAAGAAGAUUGACCAGUACAUUGAGACCGGCAGCAUUGAAAGACUGGAGAAGUACCGCAACGGAGAGGAUUGA